AUGGAAAAUCCCGCGAAAGAGGCGGCCACCGUCGCGACCCUCGUCACUGCCGCAGUAAACCCGGAGAUCCAACACGAAGCAGUGCUCAAGUACUAUGCGCCAAACAUAAACUUCCGCCAUCCUAUAUGCGCCGUCAAGUCCGGGCCCAACUCCCGCGCCCAGAUGCUCGGCAUACUCCAAUGGUACCGCAUCAUGUCUCCCAGAAUCUCGGUCCACGUCUCGUCGGUCACGUACAACGAGGAGACGAAGCACGUGUACCUUGAUGUCACCCAGACGUUCCACAUGUUCUACUCGCCGUUCGCGCCCGCUUCGACACGAUUGAUCGCGCUUCUCAAGCUGCGCGAAGAGCGCUCUCCUGCGGACCCAUCCAAGUCGGUGUACGUCAUCGCGGAGCACGAGGACUUCUACCACCCGGACGACUUCGCGGCGCUCGUCAUGCCCCCGCUCAUCCCGCUCGUUCGCUUCGCGCUCGUCCUCGCGACGUGGAUGUCCAUGUUCAGUGCGCGACUGUUCAUGAUGUUCGGGUUCUGGACGGCGCAGGACGGGGAGGGAGGCAGAGGGGUGGACGUCUGUCCGGAGGGUGAGCCGUUGCCGCCGGUUGGAGAGGAUGAGGCGAUAGAACUGGGGGACAUGAAGAAGAAGAAGAACGAGUGA